CAAUGUAGUGCCAGGUCAGAUAUCAGCCCUUAAACCCCUGGCUUGUUCUUCUUCGCACAAACGCAGACAUCAUCAACAAUGGACGGGCCACCCAAAGGCGAGAGAACAGAGGAAACUUCCAAAAGUGACGCUAAAACAUCUGUGGCUGCACAAGUGCCAUUUCUUGACUUGUGUACUGUUCUCGAGAAUAUCCAGAAAGCCAAGAGUCGACCAGACAAGGCCAAAUGCCUUAAGCAUUUCAUAGAUUCAUGGAGAAGGUUUCAUGCUGCUCUUCACAAAGAUAAACCCAACACUACAGACUCGUUUUACCCAGCCAUGCGUCUCAUCGUGCCUCCCUUCGAAAGGGAAAGAAUGGCCUAUGGUAUCAAAGAAAGCAUGUUAGCCAAACUCUACAUCGAUGUUUUAGGUCUUCCAAAAUCAGGGCCGGAAGCAAAUAAACUUCUGAAUUACAGAGCCCCUACUACAUCCAAAGGAGGAGACUCCGGAGACUUUGCCCUUACAGCUUACUUCGUCCUCAAAAAGAGAUGCGCAAGCCAAGCCAAGUCAGAUUACCUGAGCAUCAAAGAGGUCAAUGACUUCCUGGACUCAGUUGCUAUGAAUAAUGCCAGCAAACAGAAAGACCUUUUAAGGAAAAGCCUUUUACACUUGAUUACUCAAAGCUCAGCUUUGGAACAGAAGUGGCUUAUUCGUAUGAUCCUGAAAGACAUGAAACUUGGGAUAAGCAAGGAGACCGUUCUCCAGGUUUUUCACCCAGAUGCCCCAGAACUCUACAACGUCUCUACAGACUUGGACAGGGUCUGCAGACAGCUCCAUGACCCCUCCAUUUCCUUGAAUGAGGUGUCCAUCAGCUUGUUUUCUGCCUUUAAACCCAUGCUGGCGGCUAUAGCUAACAUCCGCCAAGUGGAAAAACAGAUGGGUAACCAGCCCUUCUAUCUUGAGACCAAGCUGGAUGGCGAACGCAUUCAACUUCAUAAGGACGGGGACGUAUACAAAUACUACAGCCGGAACUCGUUUGAAUACACUCAACAGUUUGGGGCCUCACCACUAGAGGGCUCCCUUACACCAUAUAUACACAACGUCUUUAAAUCUCAUGUUGUCAGUUGCAUCUUGGAUGGAGAGAUGAUGGCUUAUAACCCCACUACAGAGACCUUCAUGCAAAAAGGUAGCAAAUUUGAUGUCAAGAGGUUGGUGGAAGACUCUGAUUUACAGACAUGCUUUUGUGUGUUUGACGUCCUGCUUGUCAAUGACCAGAAGUUUGGAAACGAGCCUCUGAAAAAGCGUUACGACACUCUCCAGACAGUCUUCACACCCGUCAAAGGCCGGAUCCAGCUGGUACAGUACGCUGAAGCCAAAACCAGGCAGGAAGUGAUAAACGCCCUCAACGAAGCUAUUGACGACCGCGAAGAAGGCAUCAUGGUCAAAGACCCGAUGUCCAUCUACAAGCCAGAUAAACGUGGUGAAGGUUGGCUGAAGAUCAAACCUGAAUAUGUUGACGGCCUGAUGGAUGAACUGGAUUUGCUAAUAGUGGGAGGCUAUUGGGGAAAAGGCAAACGGAGUGGAAUGUUGUCCCAUUUUCUCUGUGCCGUUGCUGAAACUCCAAGUCCUGGAGAGAAGCCAACAGUUUUUCACACGCUCUGUCGAAUUGGAUCAGGCUACACCAUGAAGGAGCUCUAUGAGCUUGGCCUGAAACUGGCCAAACACUGGAAAGUUUAUCGCAAGACUAACCCUCCUGCAGGCAUUUUGUGUGGAACAGAAAAGCCAGAGGUUUAUAUUGAGCCGAGAAACUCGGUCAUCAUACAAGUCAAAGCGGCGGAGAUUGUUACCAGUGACAUGUACAAAACCAACUGCACACUACGAUUCCCCAGGAUUGAGAAGAUCCGAGAGGACAAAGAAUGGUAUGACUGCAUGACCUUAGACGAGCUGAGUCAGUUCCGUGACAAGGCCUCAGGAAAGCUGGCAUCCAGGCACUUUCACCUCCCGGAAGACGAGUCUGAGAAAAAGAAACGCAAACUUGCAUCCAAGCCCAAAAAGACCAUCGGCAUCGUUGACCACUUUAAAUCACAAGACUUGUCUAGAGUCACCAAAGAGACUGACAUGUUUGAAGAUGUGGAGUUCUGUGUAAUGAGCGGAAACGGCACGCAUUCCAAGGCCGAGCUCGAACAGGCCGUGGCACGCUGCGGAGGCAUUGUAGUCCAGAACCCUGGGAAGGACACGUACUGUGUGAUCGCAGGCGUUGAGAAUGUGCGGGUGAAGAACCUCAUCGGUUCAGACCAGCAUGACAUAGUAUGGGCUUCCUGGCUCCUGGAAUGUCUGGACAAAAAGCAAGUGCUACCGUGGCAACCGCGACACAUGAUCCACAUGUCCCCCUCCACAAAAGAACACUUUGCUAAAGAGUAUGAUUGCUAUGGAGACAGUUACUACGUUGACACAGAUGAGCAGCAGCUCAGGGAGGUCUUUAGCAGGAUGGAGCCUGUUGAAGGCGCAGUAUCCAUAGGGUCGAUCGAGCAGAAGUACGCCUUCGAUGACUUGCCCACUAGCAUGUUCAGACCUUACCGUGCCUACUUUGAUAAACUCGCUGAGAUCGGAGAUCCAGAGAGUCUUAUAAAGGGUACUUGCCUGGACUUUCGGGCUCUGGAGUUUCGCUUUCACGGUGGCACUGUGGUAAGGGGACUAGAAGAAGGCAUCUCACAUGUGGUCAUCGCGAGUAAAGAAAGAUUGUUGGACCUGAGGACACACAGACGUCUCUUUACUAGAAAAUUUAAGAUCGUCCGAGAAACAUGGGUGACUGAUUCUAUUAAGGCAGGACAUGUACUUAAUGACAGCGAUUACCUGGUGUGAGGUGGAGAUGUCUGCAGUACAUGACACAUUACUUUACAUCUCCGUUAUUUAUGCUAAAAUGAUGUCUGAAUCUGUUCUUUAAUUUUCUGUUUGUUGUGCUCUUACUUUUAAGUAUUUUUACUGCAUAGAAGAAUCACGUAUUUUAACUACAGACUUACAUUUUUUUUAAACAAUUUGCAGGUUUUAGAUAAACUUGCUCUUGUGUUGUGAAGACUAAUGUUUGCUUGCUUACUAAGAACAAUGCAAGAGUGGGAAAAAAAAAAAAAUUCUUAUUUGCUCCCUGCAGAUUUUUAUGUAAUAAUUAUGUGGAAUAAACAUGUUUUAUCUGUAACUCUAAUAAUAAUAAUAACUACAAUUAUUGUUGUGAAUAAAGGUCAGAUGAAGACU